AUGGUUAAAACGCAGCUAUAAAAAUGUUGAGUAUAAGUGGGAAGUACAUGUCAAGGGGAGAACCAAGCGAGAUACAACACCGGCAAGCGCAUGCGCAAAAGAGGAAAACCUAAAUUCCCUUCCGGUUCACGGCUAUUACUGCAUGAUGGCUGUGCGUGGUGAAAACGUGUCUCAGAAUACCGAAGAAGAUGCAGUUUGUCAGCUUGAGGACGACAACCAACAGAGCGAUUCAGAGGGAGAAAGUAUUAACGAAGACUCUGACGAAGGAGAAAACACAGACAGCCAUGAUGGCGAAGAAGCGGAGAGUGAAAAGGACGAAGAUAACGACUCGGACGCCGUUGGUGGCUGGGCAGACGCCAUGGCAAAAAUCCUGGGGAAGAAAACUACCCCGAACAAGAGCAGCAUCCUGGCUAAUAAGAAAGCGGUGACGAAGAAAAAGGAGCUGCUGGAGAAGAAGAAAGAAGUGGACAAGAAGCGAAAGUGGGAAAUGAUGUUUCGAGAAAAACCUGACAUCGUACAAGACCGUGAGCUUGAGAAAGCAAUGCAGAGGACCGCCACCAGGGGGGUGGUGCAGCUCUUCAACGCCGUGAGGAAACACCAGAAAAACACGGGUGAAGCGCUGAAGGAGGUCGGUGGCUCUGAGAGAAAGAAGGCUAAGAUUAUAUCCUCUAUCUCAAAGAAAGACUUCAUCGAUGUGCUGAGGCGGACUGAUGAAGGAAACAAGGUUUCUGUGAAGACGGAGAAUCCUCCUCCUGUGUCUGAGCAGAAGCCUACGUGGAGCGUCCUGAGAGAGGACUUCAUGAUGGAAGCCAGCAUGAAAGACUGGGACAAAAACAGUGACACGGAGGAGGCUGGUCCCCACAAAUGAGGAAAGGAAGAGAUAUGAACUGAAUCUUCCCAUUUAGGACUGAAUACUGAAGCUCCUGAUGCCCUGAGAGACAAGCUAAUGAAGGGAGACGCUCCCUUAGUCUGGAUGAGAGUUUGGUUUCUUCUGUGUUUAUAACCUAAGAGAACAUAAACAGUCUGAAAUCAGAAUUUUCAAGAUGCUCUGCUGCAAAAUACGUGUGUAUCAUAUUUUUGUUUUGAUGGAUGCAGCUGAAAACAUAUCGGAUAAACUCAAAGAAUUGCAAAUUUUGUAUUUUCAGUCUAUUUUCUGUUUCCCUUUUUUAAAAUAAAAGACAAAGUUGAUUUUUAAAAAGUGUAUGGAGCAGGUUUUUCAUUCAUGUUUAGUCAUUCCAGGAGUUUAAUAGUAGUUUGCUUUAUCCACGACUCUGAAUGUUGAAGUUUUGAGGUAGCCAGCCUCCAUCAUUAUGUCUGUUUUAUGGGAUGUUUGGCACGGACUGCAAAAAAUAAAAUGCUUGAUCAGAUCUAAAGGCCUCAGCUUUAGUCCUCCAGACGUUAUUCUGUAUUUUUUCCAAAAAACUCCAUCUCAUGUAAAAACUUCACCAUAAUUUUCAAUUUCUGGGCCUGCAAAUUGCAAUCAAGAUUAAAGGUAUUAAUGUUUCAGAAGAUGCCUCUGUUUUGACAUUUUUAAGAUUUCUGAUAAGUUGUGCAAUAAAAAUAUUUUUUUUAUUGUU